UAGUUUCCGCUAUUCCGCCUUACUUUCACUUUCACCAGUCGCUUGCUCCGCCUUUUCUUCAGGUGUUAUUGUGCGUGAUUGAAUAAAGACCACAUUUAACACUCUGUGACCCUAAGUUGUACAAUAUCCAAUCCAUUGCAGCAAUGUUGUGCCAUCUGCUCUGAACAGUUAAAUACUUCAGAUAAAGAGUUGAACAGUGCCCUGUCUCCUGUCGCACUUCUUACACGAGUCCCGUGGUGGAUUAGCAUCAAUACCCCUACCGAUCUAUAAGUCCCGUUCAUUUUGGUCCUUCGAGCCGGAUGUUAUAUUCACUGCGGUGACAUGGAGCAACAGAGCCAGCUUCAUUCCCCUGACACGACGUACACUGUUCGCACACAGUCGAGAGCACGCCAGCUUUCCACACGUCUGCAAGCUUAUGAUGUAGCCUUGCCGAAGUCUCUCAUCCCAGACCCUGUGCCUCACGACAGUUCGUACCACCUGCCAAGGAUGGAUUCUCCCGCAGCACAGUUGAACCUCAGUGGACAGGCCGAGCCAGUCUCGACUGUGGAGCAGCUGCCCAUGGGUGAUCUAUCGCUGGUGCAGUAUGGAGAAGUUUCCGCUAUGAGUCAUCAGUUGGAUAUUGAGAGAUCGGUCAGGCAUCCUAGCCCUUCAGUAGCUCCUCCAGGGUAUCACAGCCCAUCUGAGUGUGAUUCAUUCAGCAGUGGUGCUGCAUCGCCCACAUUACAGGUAGAUGUACAAGCCAGAGCUAUUUCACCACCUGUGGUCAGAGCGAAGGCUACUGCAGUCUCAUCUGUCCCGCUUCCGCAUUUAGGCCAGUCAUUUCUAGCUCAGACAGCCCACAUUGAUGUUUCUCAACAGUCAGCUUUGUGGCAAGUGACACGAGCUACCCCUCCUACUGCACAUCAUACUACUCCACCAUACCUUGGUGUUCCCUCCUUCUCUGUUCCACAUGUAACGCCACAGCAGGCAGUUCGGUUCAGCAGAGCAGAUCCUGCAUGUCAGCUUACCUCAUCACUGCCACCUACUGUUACAUCAGUGAAGCUGCCUUUGACCACUACGACAUACCGGCCCCUAGUGCCCCCAGUAUAUCAGUUACAGGCUCACGCGCCAAGUCAAUCCACAUGGCAGUCGUUUGCUGUGGCUGACCCGUACCGCCCACCACUAUCGACCGCUGGGUAUCAUCUUGCUCAGCCUCCCGGUCACACUCCUGUGCAGCCCUGGUAUCCCCCUUCAGUGGUUCACCAGCCACCACCUCCUCCUCCGGUUUACCAGCCUAUACCUGUUACACCUCCGUUACAACCAGUUCCUAUUCCAACCUUGCCUAAGCUCGUGAGCGAUAGUGAAAGGGAGUUCACAGACCUGAAGAUGGCCUUGGAUAAUCUUCUCAAUCCUCACACAGAGCUUACCGAACACUAUAAGUACAGAGUACUGAAGGAGCAGUUGGUUCUGGAGGAAGCUAGGUUGAUUGCCCAAGCAUGCCGGCAUCAUCCUCGCCCUAUCGACAGCGAUGGUAGCGUUGCAGCGACAAUGCGGCCAGCCUCAUCAACUGGCACAAAGCGAGAUCGCAGCUCUGCUGAAUUCACCUGA